AACGCGCCGUCGCAUAAACCCUGAUCGAGAUUGAACUCCUUGAUUAGUUCCUCGCAUAUCGGCAUCUUCUUCUUCUUGUUUGUCUCUUCGCCUCUACUCUUUUAGCAGCAGCAAAAUCUCUAACCUCCUCAAAAGCUUAUAUAAUCCCUUCAUCAGCCUCUUUGAUCCCAGGUAAGGCCCCCUUCCAAUCGUUCAAUAGGAAACUGUAGCUAUUCAAUGAACUUGUCUCAUCCCAAUAAACCGCUACCGUGCAAUUGGGUGUUUUCAGCUUAAUGGGUAUUUAUCAACUGGAGUUUUCCAAUUCGCUGGGUUUUGUAAAAAUUCAAAGAUAAUUGGAGUGACCCAUUGCUUAAUUGGUUCUCAAAAUGAACUCUUUAGCUCUAUUCCGUGCAAGGAAUGUUUAUAAAUCAUGUGGUGCCCUCAUUUUAUGGAGAAAGUUAUGUAGCGGUAGUAGUUUUGAUGGCUAUAAAAUUGAUAGUGAUUUUUAUUGUUCGGAUGAACCCUUGAGGAGAAUGUGGAAGGGUCCAAGUAUUGGUUCUGUUUUUGAUGAAACUCGUGAUAAUUGUGGGGGUUAUGAAAGCGGCUCCGAGGCCCUGUUUACGGCUAGAAAAGGGUUUCUCGAGAGUGGAAGGGAUGAUGCUAGGAGAAUUCUUGAGGUUUUAGAACGAGAUGGGCCAGGAUUUGAUGCAAAAGCUGCUAUUAGUGAAAUGCAGGUGAGGGUCUCGGGGUUUCUUGUGAGAGAAGUUCUCAAGGGAAUUCUGAAGAACAUAAAUUAUGCGAAUAAGACCAGGUGCGCGAAACUCGGAUACAAGUUUUUCAUGUGGUCUGGUCAGCGAGAAGCUUAUAGGCACACUGCAGACUCAUAUCAUUGGAUAAUGAAGAUAUGUGCAGAGUGUGAGGAAUACAAGGCAAUGUGGAGACUAGUCGAUGAGAUGACCGAGAUCGGCGUCCCUACAACUGCCAGGACAUUUAAUAUUUUGAUAUGCACAUGUGGGGAGACGGGCUUAGCUCGGAAAGUUGUGGAGAGGUUCAUCAAGUCAAAAACAUUCAAUUACAGGCCAUUUAAGCAUUCAUACAAUGCCAUUCUGCAUACACUUCUUUCUGUGAAUCAAUACAAGCUAAUUGAGUGGGUUUACCAGCAGAUGAUAGCUGAUGGUUUUCCCCCCGAUAUUCUUACUUACAAUAUCCUUAUGUAUGCAAAAUACAAAUUGGGGAAGUUAGAUCAAUUCCACAGAUUACUUGAUGAAAUGGGUAGAUGCGGAUUUUCCCCUGAUUUUCAUACAUAUAACAUCCUUCUGCAUGUUCUUGGCAAAGGGGAUAAACCACUUGCAGCACUUAAUCUAUUGAAUCACAUGAAAGAGGUGGGACUAGACCCAGGUGUUCUUCAUUUCACGACAUUGAUAGAUGGCCUGAGUCGUGCUGGAAACAUUGAUGCUUGCAAGUACUUUUUCGAUGAAAUGAUAAAGAAUGGAUUCGUUCCUGACGUCGUCUGCUACACUGUAAUCAUUACAGGAUACAUUGUGGCUGGGGAGCUGGAGAAAGCUCAAGAAAAGUUUGAUGAGAUGAUUGCCAAGGGACAACUUCCGAAUGUAUUUACAUACAAUUCGAUGAUCCGUGGUUAUUGUAUGGCCGGAAAGUUUGAGGAGGCAUGUUCCAUACUUAAGGAAAUGGAGGCGAGAGGAUGUAACCCAAAUUUUGUUGUGUACAGUACCCUAGUGAGUCAUUUGCGGAGAGCUGGAAAGUUUUCUAAAGCUCAUGAGGUAAUAAGAAGCAUGGUGGAGAAGGGGCAAUAUGUUCAUCUGGUCUCAAAGAUCAAGAAAUAUAAAAGAUGCUAAGCAGUAGAUUGUACAAUAUAAAGAUUAUUUAUUGUAACUUAAAUGCCAGUAUACUCAUUGGUUAAGCUAUGUCAGCUUUCAGCUCCACGUACCUGCUACUUGUAAUAGAUGUCAAGCUAGAUGUCAAGCAACUAGAAAGGGUAGGUAUCAUACGUUCCAUGCAUCCCUAACAAUUUUUCCCCAUGAUUCCAUCUAUAGAUUCACCCGAAACGUAACCUGGCUGGUGUUUCAUUCCAUUUGUAACCUUCUCGGCCUCCCCGGCUUUACUAGGCUGCUCACAUCAGUGACUUUUUUUGCCGAGACCGUAUUGCUCAUCAGAUUUAAUCCAACAUACAGAGGUGAAAAUCUUGAAUGACCUGACAGGCGAAGGAAUGAUGUUUCAUUGCCGUCCUUCAUUUAGAGGUGUAGAACUAGUCAACUGAAUAAGGUUUCAUUCUUUAAGCUUUAGGUAUUUCAACAAGGAGAAACAUGU